AUCGCUAUGCACUUUCUGUCAUCGUUUUAAAGUGGGGCGUUUUCAGUGUAUGGACUACUCGUGAUAUUGAUGGCACGACUGUUUCAGAUAUAUCUGAUGAAGGAAGCGGCGACGAUUCAUUGAAAGAUGCUAACGUAGAAGUUGUUG